CAUGUACCUUUCCAACCUAAAAAAAUGGAAGCCAUGAGUGUGGAGUGUAGCGAUUUUUUAGAAUUUCAGGAUACGUUAAGAAAGAUGCGACAAAUAGAUGAUAAAAUAAUUUACAUGCUGAACACUACAAUUCCUACCGAAUCCUUCAAAGGUCAGGUGGACCCUACCAUGCAGUGUAAAGACUUGUUCCAGCAAAUAGAAUCCGAGCACAAGCAGAGGACACAAGCGAUUAUAAGAUGCGUGGACAUUACUAAGCAAAGAGUGAUGCAGUUAAAAGAUUUGAGAGAGAAGAAUGGUGAUGAAAAUCCGACGUUAAUAAAAAAUUUGAGAAAUGAACAAACCAAAUUGAAGCUACUACGGUCUGAGCUUAAUAUAGAGGAAGUUGUAAAAAAACGUACAAUACAAGUAUAUUACGAGAGGUGCCGUGGAUUCUACAAACCAUUACACAUAAACGCAUAG